AUGGACCAAAUUCAUUUCUUCGAGUCUGCAAACGUUACGACCGUUUUUGACAACGCACUGCCGCAUACUCUGGGCGAGUUAUCAGCCACAGAGAAGACUACACUUAAGAAGCGUGCGGAAUCGCUCCUUGCUUUGCACAACUCUUGCCCACAAAACGAGUUUCGCAAUGACGUCAAACGGUUCCUUGAGUCGGGUAUUUUUACGGAGAAGCAGAAUAAUCUGUGGUUUCCCCAAAGGAUUCAUAACCGUCAAGCAAAAAGUGCUACCAAAGGUCGCCUUAACGAUGCUCAGCGCUUGAUACAACUUUACAAUGUCUAUCCGAAAAUUGAAGAUUACUCCAAGAAACCUAUUUCUCUCAUAGACAAAAUUAAAAUCCCCGGACCUGAAUACAUCCCAGAUGUUUUGAGGGAGUUGCUCGAAAGAAAGAUUUCACUGAAAGAAGAAGAGGCGACCCAGCUGGCGAACGAAUACUCGGAGAAAUAUGGAUCUGGGUCUCUAUUUCGAGCUGCGUUCCGGGAAUUUUUCUCAACUGGACUUAUUGGAGUCCAGCAGACAUUCUGGAGACCUGAUCCUCGCAGUCAACGAAUUCGACGACAAGCAGAGGAGAUCUGUCUUCAAGCAAUCGACGACAGUCUCUGGCUUAAUGGAGCCGAAAUUCUCUUUGUUAUCCGUGCCACUAGAUGCUUUCCGGAUGAUGCCAUGUCGUUUUGGCGAUGGGUAUCAGCCAAUAGGCUAACAUAUCUAGCCGUAAUGGACAUGAUUGAACUUCAUGGAGGGUUUAUUGACAAUCCUGAAACUACUGCAGCUCAGUGGGAAGGCGCUGAGUGCUUGUCAUGA